CUCCACAAAUUCAGAACUCUCUCAAGCAAAAGCAAACAAAGCUGAUCACAAAGCGUCCUAGAGAAGAGAGAGAAACAUCUCGGUCACUAGAUGGGUAAGAGAAGCAACAUCCGGCACAUUGUGAGGCUUCCGCAGAUGUUACGCCGGUUAAGGAUCCGGGCAAUGGGGUUGUCGUCUCCUUCACGACCGACGAUUGACGUGCCAGCGGGGCACAUAGCGGUGUACGUGGGGAGCAGGGGCCGGAGAUUCGUGAUCAGGGUUAAGCAUCUCAACCAUCCAGCCUUCCGGAAUCUCCUCCACCAGGUCGAGAAGGAGUACGGCUUCCACCAACCCGGCCCGCUCUCCCUUCCCUGCGAUGAGACCGCCUUCCUGCAGGUCCUUCGUCAGAUCUCGUCCUCCUACGCGAUCCGCAUCGCCUCCGCCAAAGAUUUCGAUUAUCCGGCCUCAGGAUCCUGCUAUUUCCGCCGUGUCGGAAGGAGGAGCUCCCGGCGCGCCGAUGCCAUCCCUCUGCUUCGCGGGUACGCCGAGGAUCAGGUCUGGUGAGCGCUGGAGUCCAAAUUAAACUCCAGCAUAAGCGAUCGGAGAGGGAUCGGCGAAUAUCCGGGUUAGGGUUGAGAUUUUUUUAUUUUAAUUAUAUUUUACCAUUUAUUUUCUCCUCCCCUGUUUUGAUUCAUUUUCGUUCCUGUCUUUGAACUGCGAGAUGGCGAGAAUAACUUGGAAGUCAUCCAUGGAUGUACCUGGAGGAAGGAUUGGCUAUCACCUAACAGAUCUUGUAGAUAAUGUGAUUAAUUUCUGAACUGCAGCAGCAGAAGCGGCGGCACAGUGAUUUUUGCCUAAUUGUUGCUGUCACAAUGAACUGCUGUUUUCUUUUGUUCGGCAUUUGUUGAAAUUUUUCUCUAAAUUUUAACUGUAGUAAUAUAAAAAACAUAUAAAUAGAUCCAUUUAGUGAUGGGAAAAUGUUUGCAUCCGAGCAGCAGGUGCGGAUUCCUUCUUGUUUU